AUGGCUUCCAUCAAUGAGCCUACCACUAAGGUGUGGCUCACAUCGCUACUGGAACCAGGCCAACUUCUACUCUGGGCCAUAUCAUUUCAUAUCAAAGUGAAUCUGGAAGCGGUCUUUAAACGAGGCCAGAUCCUCGCGCCACUACUCCAGUCCGGGAGGCUUCGUGAUGAAGCUUUCGGCCGAUUCUGGGUCUCCUUUAGCAGUGAGUCCCCCGACCAUCAACUCAAUCAGAUAGCCAAGCUAAUGAGCUACGCAGCGAACCGCGAAGACACCGUCGAAUCCCUACCCCCACCCCCGCCAACCCAAACGGGUGUCCAAUGUUCCUCAGACCUAAUCCCGCCCGUCAUAGCCCACGCCUCCGGUCUAGUCCUAGACGUCGGCCCGGGAACAGGAACCCAAAUGCCCCUUCUACGCUCGCCAGCCAUCAAAGCAAUCUACGGCGCUGAGCCCUGCCACGGUCUUCACGCGGCAUUGCGCUCCAGGGCCGACGCCGAAGGCGUAGGUGAAAAGUACCACAUUCUUCCCUGUAGCGUCGCUGCCUCGGAACUCGUCCCCGUUCUCCAGAAACAAGACCUCCUGCCUGCUGGUAUUGCCGCACUUGAUAAGACAACUGGUGGCGUCUUCGACACGAUCCUCUGCGUCCGUGUGCUUUGCUCUGUGCCGGAUUUGGAACAGUCUGUCCGGGAUCUGUAUGCUUUGCUUAAGCCCGGUGGGAAGAUUCUCGUCGUGGAGCAUGUGGUUAAUCCGUGGCGUACGGCGAAGGGUUCUGUUGUUGCGAGGGCUAUGCAGGCCGUUUAUGGGUUCUUGGGCUGGAGCUGGUAUAUUGGGGAUUGUCGCAUGAAUCGGGAUACGGAGAAGGCGUUGCGGGGUGCGGCGGAGGAAGAUGGGGGAUGGGAGUCUGUGGAGGUCGAGAGGUGGUUUGGGAGGACUUGCAUGCCGUAUAUUGCUGGGGUUUUUGUGAAGAAGGGGUAG